AUGGCCUUGAUGUGCGUACAGAUGAAGCUGUUCAUCUGUCAUAUCACCUCCGACCAUGCAAUUUCCAGCGAAAUCCGGAACGUUGGAAUCGAGCAACGCAAGGAGGGGCAGUGGUGGUGCGAAGGCAUAUGGCCCGCUGGAAUACUGGGAGCAGCGAGCUUCAGCAACUGUAUCAAGAGCAUCCAGUUUAUGACGCCGCUGCUUGCAUGGCUUCUCGAAGACAAGGCCGUACGCAUCGAUGAGUAUACGGUCGAACCCAUCAAGACGCGACAAAUCCACCUCCUAAUGCUGGGCAAUCCGGUGGCAUUUAUUGCGGAUCUUCAUUCCUUCCUCACCAUGACACCCACGCUUGGCACUCCUGGCCCGAAGGACGGUAUUGUAGUAGACGUUAGCUCGAUGCAGUACGAGAGCACGGUCAGGAGUCAUAGGGCGUCGCACUACCACGAUACUAGGACCCGAGGGCGGCACACGCCAGAACCUUUCGGCAGCUUCUUCAAGGAGCACCGCGAAGCUCUGGAGGACGAAAGUAGCAGCAUCGAAGACAAUCAGUGCUCUUUUAUACUAGAAGCUCAGCUUCGGACGAUGAACAAUGCUAUAUAUAGGGAGGCGCAGAGGCUGGGCGGACGUCCGUACCUGUUCAGCAUGCGGCAUUGGGACUUUGUCUCUGCCAUGGACAGCAUCGGGCGGGUACUUUGCGGAGCACUUGAAGAACUACGACCAAGGACCGAAGACUUGAUUUUUCAAGACCGACGCCGGGACGCCUUUCAGCAGCUGGUAGACGACUGCAACGGCGAAGGGCACCGGGCCAUGAAUGAAGCUGCAAUGAAGCGGAUGGUGGCAGCCAAAACAGAGAAGAAGAAUCUAGGCACGAUCCACAAGCUUCCGCUAUGGUGCCCGGGUGAUUUCUCUAUCGGUCGGGUUUCCGGGUUGGCACGCAAGGUGAAGGCGGAAAGUCAACGAACUCUCACCCAGGGAAAUUAUUCGACUCCCCGAAUUGACUCCCCAAAUCAACUUCCCUCCACAUCCACGAACCAGCAGUCAACUACAAUUCAAGCCAGACUCAACAUGGCUUCGUUCGUGAACCCCUAUGGCUGCGGCUCUUUUCCAGGCACCUCGCCCGAAUCCUGUCCCAACUGUCGCGACGUCCCCGAUUCCGACAUCGAUUCGACGCGCACGAGUUGGCAAUGUCUCUGCGGCGGGUGGUGCUAUGAUCACCACCAGAUUGAGUGCGACCGAAGACAGAUUUCGAGGACUAUUGUCCGGCUGGUCAGCUUGCAACAAAAACUCGCUUUGGUCAUCAGCGCGGCAACCAUGAUGAAGGUAAUCUACAGCUACUCCGACGAUCCCUUGGAAUGUUUCCCACUAGACCAAUUCAUAUACUACAAAGAUUGGUCUCAGUCAGCGUUCCCAGAGCCCCCUUUCGUGGAGGGUAUACCAGAGGAAGUGAAGAUCCAGGCUUGUUGUGUCGAGAACUGCUUUUUUGCUAUUGCGACAACAAGCCCGAGUUUGGCUUGGCUAGUAGAAGGCAUGCCGAUCAAGCUCCAAGAGUUCAACGCCGUCGGCAACCCAACGAAGCGCAUAGCCUUUUGGCGCAUGUCCGCAACUAAGAGAGAUCGUUUAUCGGAGCUUCACACAGCUCUCGUCAUGGCACCCGAUACCGCUGAAGACCGGAACGCCAAGUCAACAUGGGAGAUAGGACCGCAGCUUGUUGGACUGUGGGGUGGUGCGGGUGCGCGUGUGUCGGACGCUACCUUCCCGCAGUUCGCCUUCGACAGGAACUGCCAUACGACUGCAGACUAUCUCCGGGAGAAGGUCAGAGAGUACAAUCAUCCCACGGUACUCCCGUUCGGCUUCUGUAUCAUGAAGCAUUGGCUGUACAUGGGACAGGCAGAUGCCAUUGACUACAGGAUAGGGGCGUACGUGAGAGAAGCAGGCACAAUAAUGGCGAACAACGCCGUUCACCGGGAGACUGAGAAACUAGGUGGUCGGUGGAGGUUCCUGGUUCAGAGCGAUCACAGGAGGUUUGUGGACAGUUGCCAGCAGCUUGUCAUGGCAGUCGAGCAAGACCUCAAGCAGCUGCGGACUGAGGUAGACAAGGUGUUUUUCCCGCAUGGCUUCAAGCCAUCAAAGGAGCAAAUCGAGGCCGCCCUAUCACAAUUCGUCUACAAUCUUAACAGCAGAAGGAACAUUGAGGUAAUGGCGGUUCUUAUUGAGAGGUUGGGAUUAGGACUGUAG